UUCCCCAAUACCCGUUCCCCUUCCACUCCUCUCCAGGUGGCGGUGGCGGAGCUAACAUGGCCACCACUAGCACCGUUUUCUCCACCGCUGUCUCCAUCGCCGCCUCCGCUGUCCUCGUCCGCACCAUCGCUAACGAUCUCAUCCCCGAUGAGCUGCGGGACUAUAUGUCCACCUCAUUCGCAGCUAUCUUUGCUCGAUUCUCCUCCGUUAUCACCAUCAUCGUCGACGAGUUCGACGGCUUCGCGUCGAACAAGAUGUUCAAGGCUGCUGAGAUCUACGUCGGCGGCCUCAGCCAAGUCGCCUCCUCCACUCGCCGCCUCCGCGUUGGUUGGCCGGAGGACGAAGACUCCGACGCGCUCCGGGUGACGAUGGAGAGCGGCGAGGAAGUGGUCGACGUGCACGAGGGCGUGCGCUACACGUGGCGCCUGGUUCUGCUUCAGCAGAACGCCGCCCUCUCCUCCCGCCGCCGCCAAGGGUUCUACGGGUACGAAGGGGAGGCGGCGCCGCUGCGGCAGGAGCGGUCGUUCGAGGUGAGCUGUCACAAGCGACACAAGGAAGCGUGCCUGAGAUCGUACUUUCCUCACGUGCUGGAGCGGUCGAAGGCGAUGCGGGAAGAGGAGCGGACGCGUAAGCUGUACACGAACGAGUACCUGACUUGGAGAGAGACGACUCUGCGGCACCCGGGGACCUUCGCAACGCUGGCGAUGGAGGAGGAGAUGAAGCGGGCGGUGGUGGAGGAUCUGGAUCGGUUCGUGAGACGGAAGGAGUACUACCGGAAGAUAGGGAGGGCGUGGAAGCGGGGAUACUUGCUUUACGGGCCGCCGGGGACGGGCAAGUCGUCGCUGAUUGCGGCGAUGGCCAACUUUUUGCACUUCGAUGUCUACGAUUUGGGGUUGUCGGAGGUGAACUCCAACUCGGAGUUACGGACGCUGAUGAUGUCGACGACGAACAGGUCGAUACUAGUGGUGGAGGACAUCGACUGCUCCAUGGAGAUGCAGCAGAACAGAGAAGACAGAGCGACGACAACACCCGCAGCCGAGGAGGAUCGUGGACAAUAUAUCACUUUUCUUUUUUUUUUUUUCUUUUUUUUUUUUAUCAUGUAAAGAACAAAAUCUAAAUGAUCGUCGUUACAGGUGACUCUUUCUGGGCUGUUGAACUUUGUGGACGGGCUAUGGUCGAGCGCCGCCGACGAAAGGAUCAUCGUCUUUACCACCAACUACAAGGAUCGACUGGACCCGGCGUUGCUUCGUCCGGGACGGAUGGACAUGCACAUCCACAUGGGCUAUUGCACGCCCUGCGGCUUCCGAAUCCUGGCUUCGAACUACCAGUCGGUCGAUGAUCACCCGCUCUUCCCCGAGAUCGAAGCGCUGAUCCGGGAGGUGGAGAUCUCACCGGCGGAGGUUGCUGGGGAGCUCAUGAGGAGCGAAGAGGCUGAUGUAGCAUUCCAAGGGCUCAUCAAGCUCCUUCGCACCAAAAAAAGAAAGGAGAAAGCUGAUAAUGCUUCUAAAGAAGAAGAAAAAGAAACGAUGCCUGUGGAAAAAAACGUUUCUGGAUUUUGUGGAAUCUGAAGAGGUAGUAUGGACGAAUGGCGACCAGACUUGUGGUGCCCGAAGGAUUUAGAAGACGUGGACUCAGAGAUGCGGAAAAGAAGAGGCGGAAGCAAAACAAAAUUAUUCUAUUAAAUUAAUAAGAUCAGAACGAAACUGAUCACAUAGCCACAGAUUAAAACUCAAUUUUCAUAAACACUUUAAUGUUUUUUUUGUUUUAUUUUGUAUUUUACCAAGGAUGUACAGUUUGGAAUGACUAGUUUGUCGAAAUUAAAUGAGAUUUAUUAA